CGCCUUUCCUCUGUCCUCUCCUUCCUUGUGGCGUCGUCGGCUCGAUCCAUCUCGCGUGGCGCGCGCGCGGGACGGGAGGCCGGUCCCAACCACAGCCAGCGAGAGAGAGGGAGGCGGGCGGGCAUCUCGCGAGAUGGCGGCGGGGGCGGCGGCGGAGGUGGACGACCCGUCGCUGGCGGCGACGCUGGAGAAGUUCCGCCUCUACGAGACGCGCGCGAGGUUCUACGUGAUCGGGAGCUCGCGGGAGAAGCGCUGGUUCCGGGUGCUCAAGAUCGACCGCUCCGAGCCUUCCGAGCUCAACGUCAGCGAGGACCCCGUCUGGUACUCGCUUCAGGAGGUCAAGAGCCUCCUCCAGCGGAUCGACGAGGGCAACCGGUCCACCGGUGGACUCACCUUCGUCACCAAGGCCUACGGCAUCGCAGGUUGCAUCAAGUUCCUGGAGUCAUAUUACCUGAUUUUAGUCACCAAGCGCCGCCAAAUCGGUUGCAUUUGUGGGCAUGCUAUAUAUUGUAUAGAUGAGAGCCAAAUGAUCACCAUCCCACACUCGUCAGUGCAAACAGAUGUCGCGACCUCUAAGAAUGAGCUGAGGUACAAGAAGCUUUUGGCUAGUGUUGAUCUCACCAAGGAUUUCUUCUAUAGCUACACAUAUCCCAUCAUGCAGAGCCUGCAGCAGAACGUUACUUCUGCAGGAAUGAAGGAAAUGCCUUAUGACAAUUUGUUUGUCUGGAACACUUUCCUGACAGAACCAAUACGUUCAAGGUGCCGCAAUACUCUCUGGACAGUAGCUCUUGUCCAUGGGCACUUCAAGCAGGUCAAGCUGUCAAUUUUUGGAAGAGAGAUAAAUGUUGUUCUUAGCUCUAGAAGAUCCCGACACUUUGCUGGGACACGGUAUUUGAAAAGAGGUGUGAAUGACCAUGGAAAAGUUGCUAAUGAUGUUGAAACAGAGCAGAUAGUCUUUGAAGAAGAGGCUGGUUCCUGGAAGGGAAGAAUGAGUGCCGUAGUACAGAUGCGAGGAUCAAUCCCUCUCUUUUGGUCACAAGAGGCUUCUCGACUUAGUCCUAAGCCUGAUAUCUUUGUACAGAGAUAUGAUCCCACAUAUGAAGCAACAAAAUUACAUUUUGAUGAUCUUGCCCGUCGAUAUGGACAUCCUAUCAUAAUUCUUAAUUUGAUAAAGACUGUUGAAAAAAGGCCACGUGAAAUGAUGCUCAGGCGUGAAUAUUGUAGAGCUGUUGAAUAUCUUAAUCAAAAUGUCCCAGAGGAGAAGAAGUUGAGAUUCAUCCACUGGGAUUUUCAUAAGUUUGCUAAAAGCAAAUCUGCAAAUGUACUAGGUGUUUUAGGAAAAGUUGCAGGUGAAGCACUGGACCUUACUGGGUUUUACUACAGUGGAAAGCCAAAAGUCCAGAAAAAAAGGUCAAUUCAGCUUAGCCGAACUAGCACUGCAAGGGAUGGCUCCCUUGAUAUAAGGGCUAGUUCUGGAGAUCUUUCAAGGCUCUCUAGUAAUGCUGAAGCACUUAGUUCUACAGGCUUUCAGGAUAUGAGAAAUGAGGCCAACAAACAUGAGUUUCUUGGUGACACUCCCUGUUACCAAACUGGAGUUCUUCGUACAAAUUGUAUAGAUUGCCUGGAUCGCACAAAUGUUGCACAGUAUGCUUAUGGCCUUGCUGCUUUGGGGAGGCAACUUCAUGCAAUGGGACUGACAGAUGUUUCAAAAAUCCACCCUGAUAGCAGCAUUGCUUCCGCUUUGAUGGAAAUGUACCAGAGCAUGGGUGAUGCACUUGCCCAUCAGUAUGGAGGAUCUGCGGCACAUAACACGGUUUUCCCUGAGAGGCAAGGGAAGUGGAAGGCUACUACUCAGUCUCGGGAGUUCCUGAAAUCAAUUAAACGGUACUACAGUAAUGCCUACACUGAUGGCGAGAAGCAGGAUGCUAUAAAUCUAUUUCUUGGGUACUUUCAACCACAAGAAGGAAAACCAGCUCUUUGGGAGCUGGAUACCGAUUACUAUCUUCAUGUAACAACAGCUGGGGAUGAUCUUAUGUCUGAUAGCUACCACUUGAGUUCUGCACCUGGACAUAAUGUGUUUGUGGGAUUUGGAGCUGCAUUGAACCCUGGAACCACAUUGAGCCCUGUUCCAGCAUGUAAAGAGGAUUUCUCAAGGAUGAAACUUACUUCGUUUGACAAACUUAUACAAAGAACAUGUAGUUCGAUAAGGAAUGUAAGACUUCAUUGUGAUGCUGAUCUAAAGCUAAGUGGAGGUGUUGGAACUUCUGGAAUGGCGCCAGAUGCAGCUGAGAUACAGCUCAAAAGCCCGAACUGGUUGUUUGGUCAAAGAAAACAUACAGAGACAAUGCCAACUGCAAAAGUUGCCCUAGUUGAAAACGUGAACGAGGGGAACAGAGAUGAGCCAAAUGUCUCUCUUUGUGGGGAAUUAAAUUGGCUAUCCUCCUCAGGAUCAUGCGAGGAGGACAUUUUCAGAAGGUAUCUUGCAUUCACAACAGCGGAUGUAGAGAAUGGCUGGUAUGGUGGAACACUUAUAUAUGACCGAGAUGAAAACAGCGGAGCUUACAAACACUACUCUGAACUCUGCCAGGGAGCUGUCAUGGAUCCUUUCGAGCACGACCCUGAGAAAGAGCGGCAUUAUGCAGAGGCCCUUAUCGUGGAUCUUGACGUUUCAAAUGAUGCACGGGUAGAGGCCGAAAUGCAAGCUGCGCUGGAUGACUACCAGAUCAUAGGGUCGGACCUGAGCAUUAUCCCUUCAUGCGGAGCACUCGCGGAGGAUCCGAGUCAGCUGACGAGGUGGAUCAUUGGAGAUGAGAAGCUGCUUGUGGGUGCUGCACAGUAGACCAGUGCGUUUCUAUGGAAGUUUGUACAGCAACAGAUUACCAUUCAUCGACUCAGCGUUUGUGUUCUAGUUAGCUAUUUCUCUGAAACAGUUGCCUGCUGUAUUUAGCCUUUUUUCUUUGUUUGGCUGGGAGCACAUUCGAAUAAUCACGAUGAUUGAAAGAUGGUGAUGUGUUUGCAUGCGGUGCAAAUUGUUUUUGAUAGUGCACGUGCAUGCCCAUGUAUCGAUUAAGGAUGGACUGUAUGCAAUUUGUCAAUGUACCAGCGUGGCCUUGCUGCAGGGAUUGACAUUGGCAAUUAUAAAUAGCAAGAAAAGUAAAAUACUAGUUAAUUGUAAUUGUUAUGUUCACCAGCAAUUACAAAGGUACUGUAUUUCACUGGUUUA